AUGGACUCUCAAUCACAGCAACAGGAUGGCGCCGGCCAGGCUACCCUGAAUGCAUUGGGCUCUGUUGUGUCCCAAUUGUCCCAGUACGGCCAGAAUGCCUCCAACAACCUACAGAGGAGCUUUACCGACAUAUCAACACACGGCUGGCUUCGGCUCGUCAUGGUCGUCUGCACAUACCUGCUGAUACGGCCACACGUCAUCAAGUACUCUACCAAGCACGCCGUGAAGACGCUGGAAAAGCAGGAUGAGCAGGACAAGGCGGCGGCCAAAGAAGCGGUGGCCAAGAUGUCGCCCAACGAGCUGCGUGGCCUGAACGCCGGAGCAGAGAUUGAUGUGGAUGCGGAUGAAGGUGCCGACGGAACCAGUGCCGACUGGGGCUCCAAGGCACGAGUCAGGCAGAGGAAGAUGCUCAGGAAGAUGCUGGAAGCCGAGGAGAGGCGACGUUACGAGGAAGAAUCUGACGAAGAUAUCCGGGAUCUCCUCGAGUAA